AUGUCCUCCUUCGCUCGUAUUAUACCCUCGAGCACUUGGGAGAUUUUCACGUGCGACGCGCUCUACAAGCUCGUUUGGGCUUUGGAGACGGAGGGAGCCACUGCGAGGCCGCUGCUGUCCGAUAUCGCGGUCUAUACUGGGAAGAUGGACACAGAUCCCGUCGUCGGAGGGAAGGUCCUGGAAAGAAAGGAGAGUGUCGAGGGAUUUCCUCUGAAGAUGCCUGAUUCUGGGGUUAUUCCGCGCACGCGUCCUGUUUUCAGGACAACUUACACGAUCCGCUUCAAGAUGGACGACACUACUGGCGUCCUUUCAGGACAUGGGUUGGACACACGGAAUGUUUGGCAGCCGGAAGAUUGA